UCUUUCUUGUAGUCAACCCUCAAUUAUAUUUAUUUCCAUUUUGAAGAACUGCAUUUAAGACCACGAAGAGAAAGGUCUUGGUGAUGUUAGAAACUCGAACCACCCACCUCCAUUAAGUCCUUGCUAUUGACUGAUGAAAGUUUCCAAGAGCUGGACCUUCUUCUGGUUUCUUUCUCACAAAUUGAAUCCUCGAAGAGCUGCUAUGUACAAUUUCGACUGACCCAUUUCACAGGUUUUGGGAAAUAAUUGUGAUGGAGUUGGAACUGACCCUCCUGCAAUUUUCUGUGCUUCUGAUUGCCUGUUUUGCACUCCGGUUUGCUGCUUCUGAAACAAUAUCUAAUGACAAGGUUCAUGCUCCACUGGUAGCUUCCAAGAAUGAAAGCAAUAAAGCAUGGUGCCGUUCUGGCUGGGACAUCAGUCCAAAUAAGAAUAAGUGCUUGAAAUAUUUAGAAAAUUCCCUGUCAUGGGUUGAGUCAGAGGCCCUUUGUGAAAGCUAUAGUGGACAUUUGGCGGCGCUGACAUCAUCUCAAGAACUAAGCUUCGCUAAACAGCUGUGUGGCCAAAUUGCUAAUGGAUGCUGGGUUGGAGGAAGAAGCAUCAACGCGACUUUUGGUUUUAAUUGGAAGUGGUCUGAUAAUUCAUCAUAUUGGAAUAAGUCAAUAUUUGCUGGAGUUUCUUCUGAUUCAAGCCACAAUAAUACUGGAGCUGAUUUCUGUACAUUGUUGAAUAAUAGAACCACAUAUCUCAUGGAAGAGAGAUGCAACCAGUCUCAUGCUUUUAUUUGCAUGCUUGAUGUUGAAAACAAAUGCUACCACAUGCGUUGUCAUAGGGAGUAUCUUAUUAUCCUUGCAGUUGUAAGUGGGUUGAUUCUCUGUACAACAUUAGCUGUGGUGAUUUGGCUUCUUGUUUACAGACGAAGCAGGAAGCGUAGAAAGUCCCGCAAAUUAUCUAAUCCAGCUACUUCGGCAUUAGUUCCGCUAUCAUGGAAAGUCUUCACGAAUGAGGAAAUGAGGUCAAUUACAAAGAAUUUUAGUGAAGGGAAUCGUCUUCUCGGUGAUGCAAAAACAGGUGGCACAUAUAGUGGCCUUCUCCCAGAUGGAUCAAGAGUUGCAGUUAAGAGAUUGAAGAGAUCCAGUUUCCAGAGGAAGAAGGAGUUCUAUUCUGAGGUUGGAAGGGUUGCAAGGCUUCAGCAUCCAAAUUUGGUGGCUAUUAAAGGAUGUUGCUAUGAUCAUGGUGACCGCUACAUUGUUUAUGAGUUUAUAGUUAAUGGGCCCUUAGAUAGAUGGCUACACCACAUACCGAGGGGAGGGAAAAGCUUGGAUUGGGCUAUGAGAAUGAAAAUAGCUACUACCCUUGCUCAAGGGAUUGCGUUCUUGCAUGACAAGGUUAAGCCACAUGUUGUGCAUCGGGAUAUUCGUGCCAGUAAUGUACUGCUUGAUGAAGAGUUUGGAGCACACUUGAUGGGAGUUGGUCUCUCUAAGUUUGUGCCUUGGGAAGUGAUGCACGAGAGAACGGUGAUGGCAGGUGGUACAUAUGGGUACCUUGCACCAGAGUUUGUUUACAGAAAUGAGCUUACAACAAAAAGUGAUGUCUACAGCUUUGGAGUUCUGCUGUUAGAAAUAGUCACCGGACGUAGGCCUGCACAAGCAGUCGAUUCAGUGGGUUGGCAAAGUAUAUUUGAGUGGGCAACACCUUUGGUCCAGGCACACCGCUACCCUGAGCUUUUGGAUCCGCUCAUAUCUUCAUCUUCUUCAGAAAUUCCAGAAGCUGGUGUCAUUCAGAAGGUGGUGGACCUUGUGUAUGCUUGCACACAGCAUGUCCCAUCUAUGCGUCCGCGAAUGUCUCAUGUUGUCCAUCAGCUACAGCAAUUGGUCUAGUCAUCCAUUUUAAAAUGAGAGCGACCCAGCUGGUGCCCUGGGGAUUUUCCAACUGCAAGAUAACUGCAUCGGCAUUCUUUAUCCCUACUGACUGUGGAGGUUCUGAGAAAUUGCUGAAUAAUGGAAGCGAAGAGUUGGACUAACAUAGGUUCUAGUGUAGACUAAAACAUAUGUAUGCUGUCUCAAUGUUGUUGUAGAAUAUCCAUUUCCUUUAAAUUAAGAAUGCAUUGCCCUGUAGAUUAUGCAGAUCAAUUCUGGCGCUGCAAUUUGUAGGAAAAGGUCCUGCAGGCAAAAGAUCCUCAGGAAGUUUUUUGAAUUCUGGAUCUCAAUAUAUUGUUAUUAAGCCA